GCGGGCGCUCUACCGAGCGCAUGCGUGUGGCGGCGGCGCCAGGACCGAUUGUGCCCAGGAGGCAGCGGCGGCCGCGCAAUCGUCCGAGAGCGCACUAUGGCGGUGCCCGCCACCUCCAUGGGGCCUCCGGCGCUGGGCCAGAGUGGUCCCGGCUCGAUGGCCCCCUGGUGCUCAGUGAGCAGCGGCCCUUCGCGCUACGUGCUCGGGAUGCAGGAGCUGUUCCGGGGCCACAGCAAGACGCGCGAGUUUCCGGCGCACAGUGCCAAGGUGCACUCGGUGGCCUGGAGCUGCGACGGGCGUCGCUUAGCUUCGGGGUCCUUUGACAAGACGGCUAGUGUCUUCUUGCUGGAGAAGGACCGGCUGGUCAAAGAAAACAAUUAUCGGGGACAUGGGGAUAGUGUGGACCAGCUUUGUUGGCAUCCGAGUAAUCCUGACCUCUUUGUCACUGCCUCUGGAGAUAAAACUAUUCGCAUUUGGGACGUGAGGACUACUAAGUGCAUUGCUACUGUGAACACUAAAGGGGAAAACAUUAAUAUCUGCUGGAGUCCUGAUGGGCAGACUAUUGCCGUAGGCAACAAGGAUGAUGUGGUGACCUUUAUUGAUGCCAAGACACACCGUUCCAAAGCAGAGGAGCAGUUCAAGUUUGAGGUCAAUGAAAUAUCCUGGAACAAUGACAAUAACAUGUUCUUCCUGACAAAUGGCAACGGUUGUAUCAACAUUCUCAGCUACCCAGAGUUGAAGCCUGUGCAGUCUAUCAAUGCCCAUCCUUCUAACUGCAUCUGCAUCAAAUUUGACCCCAUGGGCAAGUACUUUGCUACAGGAAGUGCAGAUGCUUUGGUCAGCCUCUGGGAUGUGGAUGAGUUAGUGUGUGUUCGGUGCUUUUCCAGGCUGGAUUGGCCUGUGAGGACUCUCAGUUUUAGCCAUGAUGGGAAAAUGCUGGCAUCAGCAUCAGAAGAUCAUUUUAUUGACAUAGCUGAAGUAGAGACAGGAGACAAGCUAUGGGAGGUGCAAUGUGAGUCUCCGACCUUCACUGUGGCUUGGCACCCCAAAAGGCCUUUGCUGGCAUUUGCCUGUGAUGACAAAGAUGGCAAAUAUGACAGUAGUCGGGAAGCUGGAACUGUGAAGCUGUUUGGGCUUCCUAAUGAUUCCUGAGAGGAGGCCCUGGCAGAGGCCUUCCUUUGUGUAGUUUGGUCUGUUCUCUUGGAGUUGGUGGGCACCCUAAAUAUUUGUUAAUUGGUAUAAAUUAUAAAAAUCUUUUUGUUAGGCUGCCCAUUCAAAUUCCCUUCCUGUUUUUUUUGUGUUGGCUGUUUCCCUUCUUUCCCCCCAGCAUGAGGUAGUUAAUGCAAACUCUGCAGUAAAGGUAAUUACCCCAGCAUACCUUGUCCUCUGGGGACCUCAUAUCUUCCUUACUUUGGGGUAUGUGGUAGACUCUGUUGAGCUUGGUAAUGCUUGGACAAUACCUAGUUUGGAGGGAGGGAUAAAAAAGGGUGGGAUGGGAAUGAGGUUUUUUUAAUGAUGAAGAAAGAAAUAUAUAAUUUUGAGAAUUGAGCAUUAAAUAAAACUGACUUUUUAUUAUGGUA